UUUUUUGUCUCUCUAAUCAAUUUUUAUUUAAAUUUCCUUUCUUCAAUUUUAUCCCCCCUACUAUUUAUUACAACCUUUUUUAUUUUAUUCGAAAUUUGAAGAAGCUUCUCUCUCCCCUUAAUUUAAUUUUUAAAAUGCAUUGUUUUUUUUUUGUUUUAAAUUUAUUUUAUUUUUUUGAAUUUAAAAAAGGAAUGCUUUUUAUUAGCAUUUUAAAAUUUGACAACAACAACAAUAAAAAUAAAUUUUUAUUCAAUUCAUUACUUGAAAAUGCUAAUUAGAUUUAUUUUUCGAAUUUUAUUUAAUUUUUUAAUAUUUCUUCUGCAAGUCUCAGGUAGUUCUUCUUCUGCAUAUUCUUUAAAUUAUGACGAGAAACGGGAAAGGAGAGAACAACAACAAUUACAUGAUGAAACUAAUUUUGCUGAAUGGCUUCCUGGACAUGUUCAAUCGGAGGGAGGACUUUUUCUACUCGAUCGCCGUGCCCUCUCUGAAGGAGAAGUUUUGUUGUUUCGAACAAAAAAGAGUAGGCAUCGAGCAAUUCCUGUAAUGAGUUCACAAAAACAACAACAAAAUUUUGGAAAUUCACAAGAAAAAAUUUUAUCAACAACUUCGAGGUUUUCAGAUGCUUUAACUUUUAAAGAUUGGUUGAGGAGAGUGUAUCAUAAUGGAGAUAAAGCUUUAAAAAUAUCAGUAAGAACAACAGAAGUAGUUAGACCUGUUCUUCAACACUUAUAUGCAGCAACUCGAGGUCUUAAUCGUUUUAAUGCGCCGAUAAUUGUUCAUGCGAAUACUUUUCAAGGUGCAGGAAUGGGUUCUGAGAAGCCAGUAGAUAUUGUUCCAUUUCUCGAAUCUGCUCAUCAAUUAUUACCCGAAGCAAUUCUUUCUUUGGGAUGGACUACAAGUUCUUUUGAAAAAGGAGGGGGAGAUUGGACGGCCUUUAAUAAAAUGGAUUGGCAACAAGCUUUUAGACUUUUACAAUUACUCAGAGCUAUGGAAAGGAAAGAACCUAUUCUGUUAAAUAUGAGGCUUAAUGAUGCUGUACACUCUGUUGAGGUUUUGGAAUGGCUCUUAGGCAUCGAUUCUCCUCCAAUUUAUUUAGUUUUGCGAGGAGAUGUAAGUGAUGUUGUUGAUUCAGAUUCUCCAUUACGUAGACUGGCAAGGAUUGGAAUUGAAGAAAAAAAUGUUAAAAAGAGACGGCUCUUAUUUGAUUUGGAUGAAAGUUGGAGAAAUCGUAUAAGAAGGUUUGUGGCUUUUUCAAAAUCUGGAGGUGAUGACAAUGAGGAAUUUAGACGGCAACAGAGUAAUAAGGGUUUCUCUUCCUCUUCCCACUGGCUCAGUCUUCAAUUUCCUUCUUCAAAUCCAGCUGCUGGACGUUCUUCCUCUCCCUUUCUCUCAUCAACUGCUGUUUUAAGCCCUAAAGGAGUUGCCUUUUUGGGUUGGCCAAAUGCUUUACUUUUGUAUGAUUUUGGAAAAUUUGAGGAGGAAAAAGAAGAAAAUGCUUCUCCAAAAUUUAAAAAACAAUUGGUGGAAGGACGUUUAAUGUUUGUUACAAAAAGGCAGACAAAACAAAAAACAAUUUUGCCUCAAAGGAGAAGUGGAAUGGUUGUAUAUUUGUUUGAUCAGGAACCAGAAUUUUUAAAUUCUCCGCGGGUACCUAAUUCUAUUCAGGCAUUUAUUGGUUAUGAUGGACGUGUUUCUUUAGAAAAUAAAAAUUUAAAUAAAAUUGGUUUGUCUGAAUUUUAUGCAAAAAGUUCAACAGCACAAUUGCCGCUUUCAAAUUGUUAUGGUUUCAAAUUGUUGGACAAAGGGUGGAGAGUUGAAAUGGAGGUUUGGACAGAAGAGUGUUUUCUAAAUGAUGAAUUUAACGAGACAAUAAAAUUUUUAAAUAAUGAGGAUGAUAAAAGAUGGAUAAGUCAAAGAACGUUUGUACAGUUGGAUACACCUGUUAAUUCUAAUAAAAAACGUCGUAAUAUUGCUGUUGGUAAAAGCGGUGAUGGUGCUAUAGACUUUUUGGCAAGAGAUUUGUAUUAUAACAAUUCAUUGAGGAGAUCAAAUUUUAUGGCACUACAGUUUAUUUUUUUAAUUUUUAUUUUAUUAUUUUUAUAGAAAAAAUUUUUUUUACAGUCGGACCUCACUUUUAAAAUAGUUUUAAUUUUGUAGAUCACUAAGAGUUGAUAGUCUUAACGCGUUUUAGUGCCAAAAAUAUAGGGGGUUCUUUUCCUUUAUUCUCCUUAAGAAAAGUCCGCAAAUUUUGUCCGCAAAAAUACCUAACCCCUAAACGUUGUCAAAACGC